UGACGUAUAAUCCUGUGGACGGCACCGGAUGUUUCUUCAACAACAACAGAGCUACUGAUUCAACCACCUCCGUAGCAUGCUAGCCAACAUGAAUUCGAAACAUUGAAGCUCUGAAUAAUUGUGUAACUACACGAAUCCCAGUGUUUUAAACACAGCUCUGUUAACGAAUGUACUAGUUGAUUUAAACUUAAUUCGCUUGCUAAAUUUGCUACGGAGCCUAGCACCAAGGUAGUCGAUAAUGCUAGCUAGCUAACAUCCCCGACCAUGAACUCACAAAGUUACUCCCCCCCUGCUAUGAAAGAGGUCUGCUGGAUGGAGAAAGAAGCUCUUAGGCUGAAUGUUGUCGUAAAAGAGGAAGAUGAUGAUAUUACAGUGAAAGGAGAGGAAGAAACAUUCAGAAUGAAAAAAUAUAAAAUGGAGGCUAUCACGUUGAAAGAAGAAGAGGAUGUGAAAGAAGAGAAAAUACCGUUUGUUGUGAAAAGGGAAGAGGGGAUCGAGGCUGUCACAGUGAAAGAAGAGGAGCAACCGUUUGGAGUGAAAGAGGAGGAGACUGAAGAUCCGAUGAACACAAAGCCCAAAACAAGGCAAUAUGCUCUUUUCUGGCGCCCCCAGAGCUCUACGUUGAAAGAGGACAUCAGACAAAUACAGGAAGAAUCUAGUGUGGCAGCCAUGAGUCCCAGACAGUUUGGUGGUGGUGAUGUCGACGCCAUUCACUGCAACGGAGAACGGGACGUGAAGGACAACGAUUGGUUUCCUAGCAACAGAAUGGAGGCGGAGUCGGCUCCAGAGAAGUACAAGCCAGCGCAGAGGGAGGGUGGUGACCCAUCUCUCCCCUCCCCUCUCCCCGAGUCCCCAGGUUGUGCCUCUCCCGGUAGUGCCUUAAUGUGGGGUCUGAAGAGGGUGUCUGUGCGGCUGGUGAACUGCAGGAAAACUCCAGGGCUGAGUGGAACUGUGAGAGAAGGAGAAGAGGGAGAUUCAGAUUCAAUGUCAUCAAGUAAGAACAACGGAGAAAGACCAGACUCAGAGGAACCAGAGCCAGAGACAUCAGCGAGACGACACCACUGCUCCCAGUGUGGAAUGAGUUUUACCCGGUUAUUACACGUGAAAAGACAUGAGAAGACACACACAGGAGAAAAGCCCUUCCACUGCUCCAAUUGUGGACAGAGUUUUACCAGGUUAUAUAGCCUGAAAAGACAUGAAAGGACACACACAGGAGAAAAGCCUUUCCACUGCUCUCAGUGUGGAAAGAGUUUUACCCGUUUAUGGCACUUGAACAUGCAUGAGAGAAGGCACACAGGAGAGAAGCCUCACGACUGCUCCGAUUGUGGAAAGAGUUUUACCCAAACAUGGCACCUGAAAAUGCAUAAGAGAAUGCACACAGGAGAAAAGCCCUUCCUCUGCUCCUAUUGUGGAAAGAGUUUUGCCCAGUUAGGGAGCCAGAAAGAACAUGAAAGAAUACACUCUGGAGAAAAGCCAUUCCAGUGCUCCCAUUGUGGAAAGAAUUUUACCUGGAUAGGGAACCUGAAAACUCAUGAGAGGACACAUACAGGAGAGAAGCCUUUCAACUGCUCCUUGUGUGGAAAGAGUUUUACUCAGUUAGGGGGCCUGAUCAAACAUAAGAGAAUACACAAAGGAGAGAAGCCUUUCCACUGCUCCCUGUGUGGCAAGAGUUUUACUCAGUUAUGGACUUUAAAAACACAUCAGUGGACACACACAGAAGAAAAGCCUCACACCUGCUCCCAGUGUGGAAAGGGGUUUGUUACGUUAAGGGGCCUGAAAAAGCAUGAGAGAAUACAUACAGGGGAGGAGAAGCCUUAUCAAUGCUCUCAUUGUGGGAAAGGUUUUGGACGAUCAGGGUAUCUAAAAGUGCAUGAAAGAACACACACUGAAGAGAAACCAUAUCAAUGCUCCCAGUGUGAAAAUACAUUCUUCUCACCAGGGGACCUGAAAAAACAUGAGAGAACACACUCUGUAGAGAGGCCUUUCCAAUGUUCCCAGUGUGGAAAGAGAUUUAUUCAGUCAUCACAUCUGAAAGAGCACACAAGAAUACACACAGGAGAAAAUCAAUUUCAAUGCUCUCAUUGUGGAAAGGGUUUUACCAGGUUAAGGAGACUGAAAACACAUGAGAUGACACACACAGGAAAAUAGCUUUUCCACUGCUCCCAGUGUGGAAAGAUAUUUACCUAGUUAGGGAACCUGAAAGACCAUGGACCACACACUGGGGAGUUGCCUUACAUCUGCUCCCAGUGUGAAAAGAGAGAUUUCACAUAAACACAGGCAGUUUAGCUAGGUAGUUGGCUAGGUAAUUAAACUAGCUAGCUGGCUAGGUAGUUAAGCUAGCUAGUUAAGCUGGCUAGGUAGUUAAGUUAGCUAGCAGAGAGAACAGUCUAUGACCCAGGGUGCCUGGAGUCUUUGACAAUUUUUGGGCCUUCCUCUGACACCGCCUGGUAUAGAGGUCCUGGAUGGCAGGAAGCUGCGCCCCAGUGAUAUACUGGGCCAUACGCACUACUCUAUGUAGUGCCUUGCGGUCGGAGGCCGAGCAAUUGCCAUACCAGGCAGUGAUGCCCUGCUAUCGGGGUUAUCAUGGCAACGUUGGGUCUUAUUCUUCUGGAUCAUUUUGAUCAAACAAAGGAAAUCAUGCUGUCAUGACGUCAUGGUGUCAUGACGUGCCCUUGGGGGGGGAUCAUAACCCCCCCUCUCGCUCUCUCUCUCUCCACAGUUUUAUGACGAUUCGAAUGGUCGGUGGGAAAUCAAGGAAUGUCGAAUUUGUUUCAUUUGGUGACCUCAUGAAAGACAGGAGACCCACAUUACUGUAUGUUUGUUUGUAUACACUUCUCAACUAUGGGUUUUGCAUCUGAAUGUUGUAAAAAAAUAAAUGAUUAAGCAUAAGAAUACUUUUGAAAAGAUAAUUUGAUUUUAGUGGUCUAAAUGAGAAUUGUUUUUCAUAGUAACGUUUGAUCAGGCAGUGGCCACGCCCCACCGUGAGCACAGACAUUUACAUUGGCGUCAUGGAAUGCCCCUUCUCUACUCCAGUAUAAAACCCACUUCGGACAAAAUUGACAUUCGAACAAAAACAUCCCCGGGUUGCUGCCGGUGUGUGAAGUGGUUUUAGCUGUGACCUGAAUAAUCAACCAUUGAGACCAUAGAGCAUGGAGCAGUAGUGACAUGGUUGGCAAUUUAAAUACAGACCAGAGGACGUCCCUACGUUACAAAUGGUUAAGAAGAAAAUCUCUACAAAACUCUGUUUUGUUUGUUUGAGUACUUUAGUCUGGUAAACGCGACUGAUCGAACGAUGAAUGGUACUCUGAAAGAUCCAUUCUGGAGAACAUUUCACUAUCGAACAACCAUUGGUACGCCUGACGUACCCAUUAUAACAAGCUACAACUACAAAAGACUUUGAUCUCUGGUGGACAAACCAGAGACUUUCUGUCGACUAUCCAGCAGACGGACCGGCGAUCACAGAGAGUGACAACAAAGCUAUACACUCGUAAAUAUGUAAAUUGUAAUUUAUUUUCGAAUGAGUGGCUAUUCAUGUGCAAAAAGGGUUAGCAUUUCCAUGAGCGUGGUUAUCAACUGUAUGUACAUGGGUCCACUUUGUUUUCCCCAGUCUUUAUCUGUCCCCACCCCUUUCCUUUGUCUACCAAGCCGUCAUAUCGGUUUAGUCCCCAAGGGACUUUUCAGUGUAUCAUGUGACCAAUGUAUAACCUAUCCUGUGUGUGUUUAUGUAAUUCUGAUGCGGUUAGUUAGUAAAUAAAUAAUUAUGCCAAUUUGAAUAUCGCUGAUUCAUAAUUUAUGCUAGGGUUCGUGCAGAUAUCCAAGGGUUUUGCGAAAUUUUGAAUAUGACUGAGGUAAUAAUACAUAAAUAAGUGACUAAUCGAUAAGAUAUGAAAAUAUCUGAAGAGUCCAAUUCGGGAAAUUGUAACUCUUUAAUAAACAACAUUUUCCCGUGGUGCCCCUGACUUCCUAGGUAAUUUCUAUUCCGUGAUUAGUUUAAUUACACAUAGAGAAUUGAUUUGAUAAUAUAACAGUCUUCACAUUAAUGAACAGCCAACGUUACGAGACUGGGUUGUUUGGUGAAAGUAAUUCUCAAAAUACUAAGCGUCUGCCUCAAACAAACACGAGUGUCUCAUUUGACUAAUGGUAAGCGCAUGUCGCCAAGCAGUCCGCACACUCAGUAAAUUACAUGAACGAUGGGGUACCUGGUGGCAGGUAAACAUGUAAGGAUUCUGUGCCUUUCUCGGCUGGGACUGCAGGUGGGUUAUAAUGCAUGUCGGUCUAUGAGCCAUGCAUUGACACGUUGAGGCCAAAACAGGUGGUUUAAAAAAAUGACGAGGUAGUUUCCAAUCCUUUGGAAUGCCUCUUUAAAUGUCAAAUCAUCUAGCUUCUUCCACCAUGUUUCCCACAUGUUCAGACUACGGGUUGAGAAAAUAGAUGAAGUGCAGUUUUUUUAUUGUAAUUAUAGGGUUUACUUGAUAGAUUACUUUUAAUCUGAAUAGUGAUUAUUUGACACCAUGGAGCAUGAUAUUUUUUUUUACAUUUGAACUAUUUGGUGACUGAUUUACUGCCACAACACUGAACUGCAGAAACCCAAAAGAAGGCUGUCAAUGUAAAUAAGAAUUUGUUCUUAACUGACUUGACUAGUUAAAUAAAAGUCCAAAUACAUUUUUUUAUCAAGGAUAUACAAAUGAUGUAAAUUGCUGCAGGAGGACUGGGGGAGUCGAUCAAUCAAGUUCAAGUUAAGAUUUUUUUGUCAUAUCCACUUGUAAAUUCACUGUUAACACAUGAUUUACCAGCCGGUUUAGAAAAGGGUUUAAGGGUCCGAAGGUUAAAAGGUCAAAGGGGCAUUCUACUGAAGUUCUACACUUGAAUACUGUAUGAUGUUCUGAACUGUAUUGUUACAGCUACAAAGAGUGGGAACCAACAACAAGACGUUGCUGGAUCAAAUGCAUCCUUAUUAUUACAGUGCCUUCAGACAGUAUUCAAACCCCUUGACUUGUUCCACAUUUUGUUUUGCUACAGCCUGAAUUCAAUUGAUUUUUGUUUCACCCAUCUACACACAACACAUCAUAAUGACAAAGUGAACACAUCUUUUUUUUUCCUGUUUAUUUUAAUUUGAAAAAAACUUCAUAUUCAUUGCCAAUGACAAGCAUACCCAUAAUAUGAUGCAGCCACCACCCUGCUUGACAAUAUGAAGAAUGGUACUCAGGGAUGUGUUUUGUUAAUUUCCCCAGACAUAACACUUUGUAUUCAGGACAUAAAGUACAUUUCUUUGCCACAUUUUUUUCAGUUUUACUUUAGUGCCUUUUUGCUAACUUUUUGAUUAAUAUUUGUAUUCUUCCUUCUUUUCACUCUGUCAGGUUAGUAUUGUGGAGUAACUUCAAUGUUGUUGAUCCAUCCUCAGUUUUCUCCUUUCACUGCCAUUACACUCUGUAACUGUCUUAAAGUCACCAUUGGCCUCAUGGUGAAAUCCCUGAGCAGUUUCCUGUUUCUCUGGCAACUGAAUUAGGAAGGACGUCUGUAUCUUUGUAGUGACUGGGUGUAUGGAUACACCACCCAGGGUAUAUAACCUAAAACACAAAGCCAGCAACUUGACAGCUUGAAGAAUUUUAUGAAAUAAUAAUGUGCAAAUAUUGUACAAUCCAUUUGUGCAAAGCUCUUAGAGACGUAUCCAGAAAGACUCACAGCUGUAAUCACUGCCAAAGGUGAUUCCAGCAUGCAUUGAAUCCGUGGUGUGAAUACUUAUGUAAAUGAGAUAUUUCUAUAUUGCAUUUUCAAUAAAUUUGCAAACAUAUGA